CUGCAUGACAUAAUGCACAGUAAACAGCCUAUUUUUGGUAUUUAGUUGUCUUUCAUUUUUUAGAAAUCUAUUAUUUUAUACAAGAAUUGUCGACUGACUUUCUUAAAGUGAUUUUGGUACAAUAAUUUCUUUUAAAUUUUUUUUGGCAAGUGAAUUUUCAAAAUGUUGACUAAAUAUCCAAAAAUGAAAAGAAAUCUUUUAAAACAUUUUAUUUCCUUUUUUUUUUUUGGUUCUGUGAGUUAUUGCAUGGGAAAUAAUAUUUAUAACCAUUAUUAUGUGAAUUUGGUAACGACAAAACGAUUCCCAGCAUCAUUCAUUCUCCUUGUUCAGGUUGCAAUUUUGUUAUGAUUCAAAGAGAGAAAAUUUCCUCUGUCUUUCUCUUCUCAUAUAUAUUCCAUCCAUCCUAUAUAUAUAUGAAUCCAUCACUCUGUUUCUCUCAUGGCGGGUCACCACUCUUCCUCCUCCUCCUCUGCAUCAUCUUCCUUUCAGACCUUUGCUUCCCGCCUUCUCUUGCUCCUCACCGUCCUCCCUCUCACUCUCGCCGUCUUUGCUUUCGUUCUCCAAUGGCGUGGCGGUCUCAACGAUCCCGUCACCCGCUGGUCACCUAACCACCACGAGUUCCCCGGCAUGGGCAGCCUCCCCAGGCCCGUAGUCCACGCUUCUUCACGUUCUUCCGACUGCGUUGAUCCUCUCGGCCAGAGCCGCUCACCGUCGUUCCCAUACUAUAGGGACUGGAAGUUUGAUUACGCUUCCGAUCUGAGGCCCCAGAUAUGUAUUCAAACAAGCACUUCUGCUGGUUUAGAACAAACUUUGCCAUGGAUCUUCUAUCAUAAGGUUAUUGGAGUUUCGAAUUUUCUCCUUUUUGUGGAAGGGCAGGCUGCAUCUCCGAAUGUAACUAAAGUCUUAGAAACCAUUCCAGGAGUGAAGCUUAUACACAGGACAAGGGAAUUAGAGGAGCAACAAGCUAAAAGCCGAAUUUGGAACGAGACUUGGCUGUCAAGCUUCUUCUAUAAACCAUGUAAUUAUGAGUUGUUUGUAAAGCAAUCCCUUAACAUGGAGAUGGCUAUUGUCAUGGCAAGGGAAGCUGGCAUGGAUUGGAUUAUCCAUCUUGAUACUGAUGAGCUAAUAUAUCCAGCUGGCACUCGAGAGUACUCUUUGAGACAGUUGUUAUCCGAUGUGCCUGGAGAUGCUGAUAUGGUUAUCUUUCCAAAUUAUGAAAGUAGUGUAGAGCGAGACGAUAUCAAGGAACCUUUUAGUGAGGUUUCAAUGUUCAAGAAAAACUAUGACCAUCUUCCAAAAGAUGUAUAUUUUGGCAAUUAUAGAGAAGCAACAAGGGGUAAUCCAAACUAUUAUUUAACAUAUGGAAAUGGAAAAUCAGCUGCUCGAAUUCAAGAUCACCUCCGCCCUAAUGGUGCACACAGAUGGCACAAUUAUAUGAAGACACCAAAUGAGAUUAAAUUGGAGGAGGCUGCUAUUCUGCAUUAUACAUAUCCCAAAUUUUCAGAUUUGACCUCUAGACGUGAUCGGUGUGGUUGCAAACCUACGAAGGAGGAUGUUAAAAGAUGCUUUAUGUUGGAAUUUGACAGAGUUGCAUUCAUAAUUGCUUCAACGGCAACACAGGACGAAAUGCUUAGCUGGUACCGAGAACGCAUUGUGUGGACUGACAAAGCACUAAACUUAAAACUAUUGAGAAAGGGCAUCUUGACUCGGAUUUAUGCACCAAUGAUCAUCAUACAAGGUUUGAGGGAAUCUGGUGUUUUCAGCUCCGUAAUUGCAUCAGCUGUAAAAGUAACUCUCUCAAAAGAUCAAUUCUUGUUGUCUGUUGAGAGUAGCAACUCCUCUAGGGAAACCACAUAUGGAGCAAUUACUUCGAGGAAGAUUGGUAAAACAUUUGAUUCCCAAGCAACUGCAAGAAAAUUCCUGGAAUUCAGAGCCAAUACUUCGCACCCUUUGGCAGUUGCACCAUUAUCUCCGCCUGGCUUGGAUGAUUUUUCAUUUGAAACACAAAUGUUUUCUAAAUCAUAAUGAUGUAGCCUAGCCUUGUCAGAAGUCUAUCUUCCUAUGUGAUCAAGCAUUUCGAGAAAUGAAUUUUUAUAGAAGAGAAAAAUUGAGGGAUUGAAAGUGUACUAACUUGGAUUUUCGUGUUAAUUUAUGGUAAAUUUCUUGAAAUUAAUAAA